GGUAAUAGGUUUUGAUGGAGCCAACCGUAUUGAACCGUGAAAGAGUUGCAUUGGACAAGAAAAACAGGAUGCCUGACUUCAGGUUGUUCGAUGACUAUAGCGAUGAAGAUUUUUAUGGGGUACAACGGAAGUAUAGUAUUGUCGCUCGAGUUGAAGUUAAAUUCCCGAUUGAACCACGUUAUCGUGACAGGCAACAUUACAUUUUAUCUGACAUCAAUGUAAGACAACCCCUCUCUAGGUAUCAUUUACAUAACUAUAUAUAAUGUUCGUACCACAAUCUAUUUUGUGCUGAAAUCAAAUUAGGGAGCCAAGAUCGAGGCCAUUGCAAAUCGGUAUGAGAUAGUCAAAUACUUCAACAGUUUGCUCCAUGAAAAGCAUGUCUACAAGAUGCACAACGUAUGGUUUGGUCUUAAUCCGGGUGCAUUUAAUUUUCGACAUCUAAAUGGUACCAUGGAGUUGUAUUUCACCCACCAAACUGUCGUAGAGCCAUACGCUGUCCCAGUUCAAAUGCCGCCAUUUCCAAAACAUAUAUUCUUGAACCUUGAUGAUAUUGCCGAGCUGCCAAACAGGACUUUAGUUGACAUUAUGGCUAUUGUAGUCCACUUGGAUACAAUCCAUCGCACAAUGUGGGGUACAUUCAGGAAGAUUGUUAUAAUGGAUGCUAGGUGGUCUUUACAUACCAUUAAAGUUUGGGGCGAUUUACUAAACAAAAAUGCACUACGCUGGGCGUUGGCUAAUGAGAAUUAUAGCAUCAUAAUUGGGACCAUGUUUCGGCGGUUCAGAAAACAAGAGUGUCUCGAAUCAACUGACCAUACAACAAUACACUUCAAACCGUUCCAUCACAACACCCAUUAUUUUGAACCAAUUCAAAAGGCUUUGGUGGCGCGAAACGAUCGUCAGUUUGCUGUUAGAUAUCUUGACGAACAAAGGCGUAGAUAGAGUCUGUAACUUUUGCAGAUCUGAAUUUUAUGAUGGAAUACAUGUACUUUUAUUGAUGCACCUUACAUGUGUCAAGUUUUGUAAAACAUUUUGUUCUACUGUGACAUAUCAAUGAAUAAGUGGAACAUCAAA